AUGCAGCCGUCAGUGCGUAUGAGUAAGUCAGGUCCAACUCUACACCGAAUGCCACGACACGGGUAUCAACCUACCCACGCGCACACCAGCCAACGUGACGAAUGCGACGAAACUGCUCUGCAUCUCUUGAGUUGCCCCACUCUUCAUCCACUGCGAGUUCAAUUUGCGAUCGUGGAUGAUAUACCCCUGAUGAAACUAUGUUUUUCUAAGCGGUUCGACCAGUUCCCCAUUUCAAUGGAGCGGAACAUCGCUAUAUCCUUCUCUUUUCACCCAAGAAACCCUACGCAGCCUGCCCCCACCUCUCUAAAAUCAGCGACGAGCUCGAGCAUGGAAACCCUGAUAGAAGAGUAG